AUGAUUGCUAGACAGCAGUAUGUUCGAGGAGGAUCUCGAGGCUUCAGCAGCGGCUCAGCCAUCGUCGGUGGGGGCAAGCGUGUUGCCUUCAGCUCAGCCUCCAUGUCAGGAGGUGCAGGACGCUGUUCCUCUGGGGGUUUUGGCAGCAAAAGCCUGUACAAUCUUGGGGGGAACAGGAGUAUAUCUUGCAGUGUGGCUGGGUCCCGCCAAGGCAUUGGCUUUGGGGGUGCCGGAGGCUUUGGUGCUGGCAGUUUUGGUGUUGGAGGCUUUGGUGCUGGCAGCUUUGGUGGUGGAUUUGGAGGCUCCUUCAAUGGCCGGGGUGGUCCUGGCUUCCCUGUGUGCCCUGCUGGGGGGAUUCAAGAGGUCACCAUCAAUCAGAGCCUGCUGACUCCCCUCCAUGUGGAAAUUGAUCCUGAGAUCCAGAAAGUCCGGACGGCGGAGCGUGAGCAGAUCAAGACCCUCAACAACAAGUUUGCCUCCUUCAUCGACAAGGUGCGGUUCUUAGAGCAACAGAAUAAAGUCCUGGAGACCAAAUGGAGCCUCCUCCAGCAGCAGACGACCACCUCAUCUCCAAGAAACCUGGAUCCGUUCUUUGAGACCUAUAUUAGUGCCUUAAGGAAGCAGCUGGACACCUUGGGCAAUGAAAAAGGGCGCCUACAGUCAGAGCUGAAGAUCAUGCAGGACAGUGUGGAGGACUUCAAGACCAAGUAUGAAGAUGAGAUCAAUAAGCGGACAUCUGCAGAGAAUGACUUUGUGGUUCUCAAGAAGGAUGUUGAUGCGGCCUACAUGACCAAGGUGGAGUUGGAGGCCAAGAUGGAUGGCCUUAAUGAUGAGAUCAGCUUCCUGAGGGUCCUCUAUGAAGCGGAGCUGUCCCAGAUGCAGACACAUGUCUCUGACACCUCUGUGGUCCUCUCCAUGGACAACAAUCGCAACCUAGACCUGGAAAGCAUCAUUGCUGAGGUCCAGGCCCAGUACGAGGAGAUUGCCAAGAGAAGCAAGGCUGAAGCUGAGGCCCUGUAUCAGACCAAGGUCCAGCAGCUCCAGACAUCAGUUGACCUACAUGGUGACAACUUGAAGAGCACUAAGAAUGAGAUCUCAGAGCUCAACCGGAUGAUCCAGAGGCUGAGGACUGAGAUUGAGAAUGUCAAGAAGCAGUGCCAGACUAUCCAGGCAUCCGUGGCUGAUGCAGAGCAGCGCGGGGAGCUGGCUCUCAAAGAUGCCUAUAGCAAGCGCACAGAGCUGGAGGCUGCCUUGCAGAAGGCCAAGGAGGAGAUGGCCCGGAUGCUGCGGGAGUACCAGGCACUUAUGAGUGUCAAGCUGGCUCUGGAUGUGGAGAUAGCUACUUAUAGGAAGCUGCUGGAGGGCGAGGAGUGCAGGAUGUCUGGGGAAUGCCAGAGUGCUGUGAGCAUCUCGGUAGUCGGUGGUAGUGUCAGCGCUGGAAGCAUUGGUGGAGGAUUAGGAAGCUACUCUGGAUUUGGCCUGGGUAGCGGCUUUGGUUCUGGCUCUGGAAGUGGUUAUGGGUUUGGUAGCCAUUCCAGCAGUAAGAUCAUCUCUUCUUCAACCCUGACCAAGAGGUCCCAGCGAUAGAGAAGAUGAGGCGCUGUAGGCCCCUGUGUCCAGCCCAGCCCUGAUGUCGUUG